AGAAAAAAGACUUUAUUGUAAAGUGCUCCGUAAACGCAGCAUGCGACACAGGAAGACCCGCAUGCGCAGUACGACUGCUGGUGAAGUGUUGCCAUAACAGGCAAGUGGCUAACGCUAAUGUUUGCUAACUAAUUAAGAUAGGUGUUGCUGUUGUGUGUGUGAGUGUUCCAGUCCGAAUCAUGGAACAGUGUGCGUGUGUGGAGCGGGAGCUGGAGAAAGUGCUCCAUCGCUUUGUAAUGUACGGCCACCAGUCUGAAGAGAGGCUUGAUGAGCUCCUGCGCAGUGUCUGUGAGAUCCGAGGACAGCUAGUCGCAUUUGGUGUACAAGAUGCAGACUUAUCAGUCCUAUCUCAGACUAUGGCCCAGUGUUGUAAGAAUAUUAAAGAAACAGUGCAGAUGCUAGCCUCCCGACAUAAGGACAUCCAUGGCAGUGUGUCAAAAGUGGGCAAAGCCAUUGACAGGAAUUUUGAUGCAGAGAUCAGUGCUGUGGUGGCAGAGACGGUGUGGGACACCGCAGAGAGACAGAAAUACCUGAGUGAAACCAUUGUGGAGCACCUGUACAGGCAAGGGAUGCUCAGUGUUGCAGAGGAUUUGUGUCAGGAGUCUGGUGUAGUUAUAGAUAUGAGUAUGAAGCAGCCUUUCCUGGAGCUGAACAGGAUCCUUGAAGCUCUGAGGAUGCAGGACCUCAGACCGGCACUAGAGUGGGCGGUGACAAAUCGGCAGCGCCUUUUGGACCUGAACAGCAGUUUAGAGUUCAAGUUGCACCGCUUGUACUUCAUCAGCCUGCUCAGCGGGGGAAUUGGCAACCAAAUGGAGGCCCUGCAGUAUGCCAGGCAUUUCCAGCCCUUCGCCUCUCAGCACCAGAGAGAUAUCCAGAUCCUGAUGGGCAGUCUGGUUUACCUGCGUCACGGCAUUGAGAACUCUCCGUACCGUAGUCUGCUGGAGACAAAUCAGUGGGCUGAAAUCUGUAACAUCUUCACCAGAGAUGCCUGUGCUUUACUGGGCCUCUCUGUGGAGUCUCCACUCAGUGUUAGCUUUGCAUCAGGCUGUAUGGCUUUGCCUGUGUUGAUGAACAUCAAGCAGGUGAUAGAGCAGAGACAGUGCAGUGGAGUCUGGACGCACAAGGACGAGCUGCCUAUUGAAAUUGACCUGGGCAAGAAGUGCUGGUACCACUCUGUGUUCGCCUGCCCGAUCCUGCGGCAGCAAACCUCAGAGAGCAACCCUCCCAUGAAGCUCAUCUGUGGCCACGUCAUCUCCAGAGACGCCCUCAACAAACUGACCAACGCUGGGAAGUUGAAAUGCCCGUACUGCCCCAUGGAGCAGAAUCCGUCACAUGCCAAGCAGAUCUACUUUUGAUACCACACACUCUCCUCAUGAGUAAGGAUGAAGUUACCCUGGAGCUCUUUGCGUUUCCAGGACCAUUUGCUCUGGCCCUUUUCCUCAGUCCCUGGCCCUUGGCCUGUUGUUGUAAGCAUUAAGGUUUUAUCCCAGUGCUCCUCUGGACAGCCUUGGCCAUCCCGCAAUCCACCUCGGACCCUCCAACUUUACGUAGUAUACAGAGUCCAGCGGGGAUGGUCCAACUACAACCCGUAGUUGCGUGAGGAGUCUGUCAGUUUAUGAGAAACAUCCUCACGAAGAAGCACCUCUGAAAAAGGAUCAUUCAUUGAAACUCAUUUGCAAAUGCCUGCAGAGUUAUAGGCUUAUCUUUUUAAAGUAUGUAAUACUUUAUAGUGUUUGUUUCCUCGGCUUUAUUGACUGUUUGAGUUGGCUUACGAAUGACUGCUUCUUUUUGUUCUUUUUCCUUUUUUUUUGACAGAAGCAGUUGAAUGAAUGAUUAUGGAUGGGUGUAGAGUGUGGGUAAAUGAUAUAGAUAGGCAGUUUCAGAUUUCAGGAUGAUAAUAAACUAUUCUAUUAUACAUGAGAAAGGUAUGUUCAGUAACAAAGUGUGCUGAAGGUUUAUUAUUUGCUGGUGAAGGGAACUGUGGAGGUCUGUCUUGAAUCGAACUCUGAUUGUGACCCAUUACUCCUCCAUAAUGUAAUAAAGGCCUCACGUAGCUUGAAAGUCACUGUUGGGCUGAUGUAUCCGUUUUGAUCAGUACAACAAUUAACUCAUCAAUGGUGGAACAGCUUUUUUUUUUUUCUUUUUUUUUUUUUGUGACUGACUGCACCAGCAAGAUUUUCCUCAUUAUAGAAGCCAUUUGUCUUGUUCUAUGUAUGUAUUUAACAAACACAACAAAAAGGAAAACAAAAAAUAUAUACUACUGUGAAAUGUGCUUUGUUUCUAUUUUUCAUUGCAACCGCCAGACAGGCUCAUGUAAAAUAGUAAAUUAAACUGAACAGCAACAUAUUCGACACUACUGCGUAAAACUUUCCGAACUAAACGACUCGACAGAAGAAAAAAAUAAAACAUCACGAUUGUGCCAUCACUCACUCUGCCCCGCAUUGUGUAUCCUAAAGCUUGCACGCCAUGUGAUUUGGAGAUGUAAAAGUGGUGUGAUGGUAGCUGUAUGGUCUGACUGUAGGCUUGUGAUUCAGCUUUACUCGUUGUGGGUGGGGAAGUCCUCUGAUCAUUGUGGCUGUUGUUUAAUAUAUACUUAGAAAAUGCCUCUGCUGCAUAGGUUUGGCUUUUAUUUGAGAUGGAGUCAGAAUAGAAACCUUGAAAUCCAUACAUUUCCUCAGGGCUCAUUGUAACCGUACAUACCACACUUUGCAGUUAAUAUUAAAGUUAUACAUUUAUAUAUAAAGAGUCUUGAACAAAGAUUACAGAUAUUUCACUAUUGAUUCUGAGGCUGGUAGUUUGGGUGUUUUUGGAGUUUGUAUAUAUUACUCAACCGGUGAUGUUUCAGCUUACACUUGGGGAAAGUGGCGUGCCACAAAGUCCAAGACAUUUUGGAUGUGUGUUGAUGCUUCAUACUAAUAGUGCAAGUUCCCGGUGUCCUCUUGAAAAACGGUGAUGUCACCUCACGGUCGGUGAGGCUAAUUUGUUCAGCAAGCACUGCACCAGCAUAGCUCACACUGACAAUGCAACAUAACCCUCAGUUUAAAGACAAAAUUUAAGAUAAACUUUUUUUUAUUAUUCUCUUGGUUUCAUUUGGAAUGGAUUAAAGCACAUGUUUUGUGUGGAAUUUCACUGAAUUCCGCCAUUUUUCUUUCUUUCUUUGGUUGACAAUCAUUCAUCGCUUCUUUGAGUGUUCCUUCAGAUAGACUGCUAGUGCUCCGUUCUUCUGUCGUAUUAAUUUUGUUGAAUGUUUGCUUUUUGUGUGUUAUGCAACUUUUAUUGUAAAUAUUUAUCCUCUAACAUGUUUCAUAUACUUGCAUCUGAAAUUAAAAAUAAAAAUUUAUACUCCAAAUCA